AUGAAGCACAUCAAAUCGCAAGCCGCUGGCGGCAAGACGGAGAAAGAGACUGGUCUGCGGGCCAGCAUGCGUCGCCUCUGGGCAAGAGCAGUCGAAGCGUGGCACGUCGCGGUCGACCGCGUCAAGAAUCCCGGGGGAAUUGAAGAGUUCUCCCACUCGAGGUCGGCUUCGGCCAUGGGUCUGAGGGUGGAGCGGAGCACCGUCACCACCAUCCAGAGGGGCAACACGUUGGCUCCCUCCAAGCCCCUGCAGAAGAUCACCGUGGCGGGUGGCUGGCGGUCGCGUGUCGUCCGCAAGGGGAAGGAAGGAGAGGAGGAUUGGGCCUGA